CGGUCCGUCUGCGCUGGAUUUAUUAAUCCCAGCUCGAGUUCAUUUAUUUAUCCAUCUUUGUUUAUUGUGUUCAAGCUCAACCUCAGAGCAUCACCGGGAACGUGCAGCAUCCGGAGGACCGUGCGCGUUCACGCGUCCACAGAGAAGGGCGGAAGGAGAGAGGAGAGAGAGGAAAGAGAGAGAGUGAGAGAGAGAGAGAGAGAGAGAGAGAGGGUGGUGGGAAACACGGGGGGAUGAAAAUGAUGGCGACCGUCGCAGAGGAGAUAAGAACCCACACAAGCCCCCGCCCCGUCCCCGACAGCAGCCUCAGCACUGUGUCCAUCCAAAUCAGGCGGAAGCAGCAGGAUAGGCAGUGGAGGCUGCGCCUUGUUUACCUGCAGUGCUAUUUCUUGACCAUUGCAACAAUAUUAGGAACUGGAAUCUUAGGUCUUCCAGUAACGAUAGCCCACGCCGGACUGGUGCCUUUCCUUGUCUCCUUUCUUAUUGGCUUUUUUGUCCAGGGCUUGCUCAUCUACCUGUUUGUGGAGCUGCUUCAGAAAUGUCAGGUGGUGCAGCUGGAAUCUUUAAAGACGGAUGUGGCCGAGUGUAUUGUGAUGAAUCGGGUGUGUGUGGAGGAUCCAGCUCUCACAGAGGAUGAGGAUGAAGAUGACGGUGAAAAUGCAGAAGCAGAUACAGGUUUGCUGCAGCCGGAUGCGGUUUCUCUGCACAACGAGGAGGAAGGACUCCAGCCUAACCUUCACCUGCUCGGCCACAUCUUCCUCUCACGGCCCAUGAGCCACGCCUUCAACUUCAUCCUCCUCUUCCAGUUUAUUUCUAUUGGGAUUAGUUACGUCUUGGCUGGCAGUGAGGCCUACGCUGCUCUUCUUAAUGUCAGUCACAUUUAUGUGAUCCCGGCCUUUACCUGGAUUCUGACUCUUGCUAUAUUACUGGGACACAGAUUCAUCCAGCCAAUCACGUCCGUGCUCACCCUGCUGAAAGGAAUCCUGCUCAUGGUCACGGUGGCUGUGACAUUUGCAGUGGGGUCAGAGGUCGGCCUUCAGAGCAGCAAUGACUUCAGUCAGAUGGGGAAACCUUUCCUAAUGGGCACAGUGGCGCUGGGGGGGAUUGUAAACGUGAUGCCUUUGCUUUUCUCACAGAUCUCGCACAACAAAACACAGAUCCUGUGGUUUCGACGAGCAGUUCUUGGCGGCCUGACAACCUGCACUGUACUCAACAUCCUCUGGUGCUGGGCGGUGCUGGAAAUUGUUCCCCAAACAUCUUCACCAGAGACGCGGACGGCAGUUGGGACGAGUACCCAUCUUGACUCCAACAGCACACCUGGACAACAUGCCUCAGCCCCCCCGCUGUUGUACUCCAACAUCUCACUAGAAGAGUCUGAGAAAGCAGGAGAGAUUGCAACCAUCCCACUGACAAAGAUUAUUAAUGAACGUUACAGGGCGUACUCCUGGGUGGCUGAGCUGAUACAGGUGUUUAUAGCCAUCAGUGUCAGUGUGUCCUUCCUGGUGAUGGGAUCCGCCAUGAAACACACCAUUGAUGGUCUGGUGAGCUCGAUGUGGAGCAAAAGGCUGGAGUGGCUGUCUAAAGCCUGGGAGAGAAAUCUGCCAAACAAACAGCACAUCUGCUCAGCAAGAAGCGCGGCCAAAGGAUUCAUGUCACUGCUCGCAUUUCUUGCCAUCUUUAUCGUGUCAGUGUGUGAUCCCAGGGGUUUUGUUGUCAUGUUGGACAAAGUUGUGUCGUUCUCUCUCAACACUGAAGUGGGACUGUUUGUCUUCAUCAUGCUGAGAGAAUCCAGAGAGGAAAGAUUCCAACACCUCGCAGUCCCUCUGCCCGUGGGCAACUGCAUCUUCAGCCUCACUUGGCUGCUCCCCACCUACUUCCUGUUUGCGGUGACCUACGACGUCCUGCAGACGCUGGCAGACGUGGCUCAUUACCUGCAUUUCUACAGCCACGGUCAGGAAGCACAUUACCAGAACCUGAGCGGGAGCGUCACAGCAGUCAAUGUCUCUGUGCUGCUCUGAUCCAAUGAGUCCAGAAACAAGAGAUGGACCACGACGAGUUGAAGUUGCCAAAAAUCUGACGCUUAGCAAGUGCUUUUUUAUUUUUUCUUGUAUUCAUAUUUAUCAAGCUCUUGAUAUUAUCCUAAAAGUUUGAAUUUAAGCUUGUUUGUUUUUGCAACGCACCUUCCCAUGAUCCCCUAACAAUCUCACAGUGCAGCUGUAGGGGGGGUCAAGUCUCCGUUUCUUCAGCCGCUCUUUCCAUGAGAACAGACCUGUAGGUGUUUACAGGAUCCAAGCAAAUAUUGUCAGAGUAAAUAUCAAUGAUGUUAACGAGUCUCUCUCUCCCUCCCUCUCACCAGGGUUGCCAGGUCUGUGUGACAAAAACAGAACAAUGACCAAUCAAAACCAGCCUGAAAAACAACACAAUACCCACAGUAGGGAUUCAAAAGUUUGCAUUAGGUGGUGCGGAGCUUUACAGCACAUUUGUAGAAUUAGUGUAUAAACAAAUUUAAAAUGUGUUUUAUUUAUAAAUUACAUUUAUGUAAAUUGAUGGAAAAUAGGUCAACCAACCAGUGGACAAAACUAAAAAGUAGUCCAAGUCUACAUGGAAACGGUUUGUAAUACUCACACAUAUUGCAGUAUUAUAAAAUAAUUAAGGCAGCAAUUAUUUUAGCUGAUGAGCGACACAGUUUGAAAAUGCAUCCAGCUCAAUGUAGAACAAUAUCUGUGCUUCAAAAUGCAGGAGGAAUGAAAAUGAUUGUGAUUGGCUCCUGCCCUAGUUGUCGCUCGCAGUCUGCCCCAGGAUAUUUACAGAAGGUUGAGCCUUGUUUUGUUUACUACUCCGCUUCCAGUGCAGAUACAGUGUGGCGGGGGGGAUUGUGCCAUGAUAACCUACUGAAGGAGACAUGUGACAUUUACAUGAUAAGAGUGCACUUGGUCACCGUCACCAUGUGACAAUUACAUAAUCCAUACGUACAUCACCAAACAUCAUUGACGAGUGUGUCAGCGCCUUUUUUAGUUUGAAUUUACCCACAAUACAAUUUUAGCCGGAAUAUCAAUUUUUCAUUCUUAAAAACAAUACUUACUAACUCAAAACUGCGAGGCUAUAUUGGCAAAUUCAUAUGAAUAUAUAAUACAGAUACAGAUAUUUAAAUAAUAGACCACAAUACUGUUGCUGUCCAAGCUUUUGUGUCGGUAUGUUUGUUUGAACGACAGGUCGAGCAGACUCAAGAACUUUCUUUUCAAACAGGUAAUGAAGUGGUGAACAUGCAGUUUAAAAACACAACCAUGUUUUAUAAAUCUGACACAAUGCACAUAUUUCAGUCUCUGUGUUUACAGAGUGUUUUAUACAUCUGGUCCCUGAUCUUUUAUUACUGUAUAUAUAAUUGUAUAUCGACACAUAUAUACAAACAUUUUACUGAAAUGCUUGAGACUAUAUAUUAUGCUGUAAACUGAGCCACUAUCAAUGUACUAUAAAGAGUAUUAAAAAUGCCACAUAUUACAAUUUUAAAUAUUUAUUUAAUUAAUUAUUCUAUUAUUAACUUCACUUCUUUAAGCUCUGUCAUCAUGAAAUCGGUGAAUUUUAUAGCUAAUAAUGUUUUGGGGAAAUUAUGAAAGACUCGAAUAGUCUCUUCUUUACUAUUAUUUGUCACCAAAAACCUUAACAGUUAGUUUUCAAGUGCAGUUUUCCAAACUUCUCAUAAUUUUUACAUUCACGUAAUGGCCCUGUGAACGGGGGGGGGUGUGAGCCGUAUUAUUCUCCACGCUUCAUCAGUAUUCACAGGGAAACAUUAGGUUCCCUUUAGAUUGCGUACAAGUUCAAAUGCAUGUUCAGAAAUUCAGGAAGUUUUGAUUCAGUCAUGAUCUCUCUGGAUUUCUCCUCCCAACACACAAAUGUGUCUUGACGUCAAGUUAGAAAAUGAAAUUGCUUAUAAGGUGAUGUAAUCAAGUGUAUAAUUAUGUUUCUCUUUACUCCAAAAUUACUUUGCUUAAUCAUGGCAUUAACAAAUGUUCCCAGUUCCAGCCUCCAGCCCAGAGCUGUGAAACUCUGGUGGAUGCUACUCUUCUGCUCUGAUUUCCACAACAUUCAGUCUCAUUAAGUCUAAUUAUUCUCUCAUCUGCAAUAGGAUCAAAUAACAAUUACAUGAAAAAUCCUUUAUUGAUAUUCACAAGUACCUUUGACUCAGCAGUCAUCGCUCGCUGCCUGAGUGGAGCCAUUGUUCAUUUGCCAUCAGUGUUCAGUUAGGAGGCAAAAAUCCAAAUGGCUGCAACUUCCUUUGUAAAUUUGAAAUAAUAAAUCCUCCCACUUUGAAAAUCCCUGCUUUGAAACACAGAGAGAAAGAAGCAUGUCUCUUUCUGAUCACAUUGUUUUCUGCUGCGCACCACAGAGAGCACCGGCAUGUCGACAUCAACAUGAGGAAGCUUCAAGCUCUUUGAAUCAACGUUCUAUCUGUUUAUUAAACUCAUUCAAAUAAAUUGUUUUGACAUGAAUAAAACUUGCUGGUGACGUGA